AGGAAUCAACAGCCGCCAUCUUGACGCGGCUCAGAAUCGGGAUUUCGGGGGGAGCAUUAAUUUUAAAAACCGACCGGAGCGAUCCAGACCGGGCUCAAACGGCUUUUUUCGUCCAGAAAAUCGAAGUGCUUGUUCGUCCGAUGACAAUUAAUGCGAACAUGUGAUGGUAACAUGCGUUUUUAUCGUCCGGAGAGCCCCCUGUAUAUUUGAUUUCCCUUUUACCGAGCGCCGCUUCUCGCCGUAUCUCCGUCUCUUGACGCUGUAUUUACCGGGAGACAGCGACCAGAAAAAUAAUCCACUUCAUAGAAAAUAUUUUUUGAAUUUUGCUCUUUUUAUUUAAGCCCGAGGAAGAUUUUAUGGCCGCUUGUUUCGGCUGCGAAAAAAAUGAUUCUGUACAGACGCGAAACCGGCGAUCUGCGGAGAAAGGGAUUUGCUCAAGCGUUGUGUAAUAUUUUAUAAUUGAUUUUUAUUUAUUUUUCUUGAAUUGAAAUAAUUUUUGGACGCGAUUAUUGAGGAUAAUUAUGUGGGUGUUGGGUGUUGGAUUAUCAUGGGGUGAUCUUCGGUGGCGAAGCGUGGCGCUGUUGCCUUUCUUUUGAAGCCUUUUACACCAGGCAACAUUUCGCCAGUCUGCCAGUCAAGAGAAGAAAAAACACUUAUAUUGCUGCUUUUUUUUUUUUUUUUUUGCGAAACGUUGCGAAAGUGGCCCGUUUUAACGACCUCGAAGCGGACUAGUUAGACUGAUUUUUUUUCGUGCAACAUCAUCCAUUCACAAAAUUUACCAACCAGUCCAGGAUGGCUGACAAUCUGCUGGAUGUCGGACCCCCCACUGCAAAGCGACCCAAGCUGAAUUCACCUCUCUCAGGAUCAGAUGGCCCAGACCUUGUGUCCCUGUUUGACCUGGAAAACGAUCUUCCAGAUGAGCUCAUUCCCACUGGAGACUUGGGAAUGGGAAUGUCCUCCAACGGCAUACCAGGAGGAGGGGGUCCUGGUCUCAACUCCAUCAUCCCAGAUGCCGCUGCCAAACACAAGCAGCUUUCUGAGCUUCUGCGAACAGGAAGUUCCUCCAUCUUGGGAGGUGGUCUAAAUUCUGCCAACCCUCAACAGGGAGGCAUGGUGGGAAGCCAACUGGGUGCUGUGCUUGGUAAAAGCCCACUGGGGCCAGGUGCUACCAAUCACCAGUCUCCCCAGGCCCAGAAAGGAGGUGCAUCAGUUGGACAAGGCAAUGGAGGCAUGGGAUUCAACCAGGCCAUGCUGAACAGUGGGCAGGGGCACGGGGUCAUGGGCCAAGCAGGACAAGUGAUGAAUGGGGCUCUGGGACCUGCAGGCCGGGGUAGACCUGGGCCUGGCAUGCAGUACCAGGGCCAAGGCAUGCAGGGGGCUGGACCUGGUGUUGGAAGCAGUGUGCUAGCAGAGACACUCACACAAGGAGGGCCACAGUUGGGAGCACACGUGUUAAAUGCUCAACAAGGAAACAUGAAUAAGAUGGGGAUGUCAGGAGCUCCAUUUGGCCAGCAGUACGGCCAGGCUGGGGUUCAGCAGAUGGGGGCAGCGGGGGUCAAUGCUCAACAACUCCAGAACAAGACAGCCCUUUCCAACAACCUGCCCCAAUUCCCUGCUGACCUGAAGGGAGCUGGGAGUGUGCCAAACAUGUCCCAGAUGCAGCAGCAGGUAGCCUCGGUGGGCAUGGUCUCUGGAGCUGGUGGUGUGUCAGCGGGCCCAACGGCCGAUCCUGAGAAGCGUAAACUCAUUCAGCAGCAGCUGGUCCUGUUGCUCCAUGCACACAAGUGCCAGCGGCGGGAACAGGCCAACGGGGAGGUGAGGGCCUGCACUCUGCCCCACUGCCGCACCAUGAAGAACGUCCUCAAUCACAUGACCCACUGCCAGGCUGGCAAGUCCUGCCAGGUGGCUCACUGUGCAUCCUCCAGACAGAUCAUCUCCCAUUGGAAGAACUGUACGCGGCACGACUGUCCAGUCUGCCUGCCUUUGAAGAAUGCAAGUGACAAGAGGAACCAGCAACCCAUGCUGAGUUCCCCUGGGGCUGGCAUGCAGAACGCCAUCAGUUCAGUGGGUCCAGGCCAACCCAGUGCCACAGCCAUCAACAGUGCUGCCACAAACAUCGAUCCCAGCUCCAUGCAGAGGGCUUAUGCUGCCCUCGGCCUGCCGUAUGGGAACCAGUCCCCUGCUCAGGUCCAGGGUCAGGGUCCUGGACAGCAAAACCCCCAGGGGCACCAGCAGCUACGGAAUUUAAACCCACUAGGCACUAAUCAGAUGAACCAGAUGGCAGGAGGCAUGGGUGUCCCCUCUUCAGACCCGUCUGGCAUGCACUCUGACUCCUCUCUACCAUCCACACUGAACAAUCAGCUGAUGCCGGAUGGGUCUGUAGCGGGAGGCAUGGGAAACCUGCCCGCUGCUACCCCUCUCUCUGCUUCAGGAGUAAGAAAGGCCUGGCAUGAACACGUCACUCAGGACCUUCGCACCCACCUGGUGCACAAACUUGUACAAGCCAUAUUCCCCACCCCAGACCCCGCAGCACUGAAGGACAGGCGAAUGGAGAACCUGGUGGCAUAUGCACGCAAAGUAGAGGGUGACAUGUACGAAUCAGCUAACAGCAGGGAUGAGUAUUACCACUUCCUGGCUGAGAAAAUCUACAAAAUCCAGAAAGAACUGGAAGAAAAGAGGCGAUCACGGCUCCAGAAACAGCCUGGCAUGGUGGGCACAGCCGGGCCUCAGCAGCCUGGUAUGGCUCAGCCCAACGCUAUGGGCCCAGGACAGGCCGUCCGACCUCCAAAUGGACCUGUGCCUAUGCCUAACAUGCCAAAUCAAAUAAUGAACCGUAUGCAGGUGCCCCAAGGAAUCAAUCAGUUUAACCCAAUGGCAAUGCAGAAUGCGCAGAUGUCUCAGGCACCCAUGGGAGCACGUGCUCCCUCCCCCAUGAACCAUCCACAGCAGAUGAACAUGAGCUCCGUCCCAUCGAUGGGCAUGUCCCCUUCUAGGAUGCCUCCGGCUCAAGGAAUGAUGGGUAGUCAUGCUAACAGCAUGGUUGCUCAGCCAGGCAACCAGGGCCAGUUCUUGCAACAGGGCCAGUUUUCUACAGCUGCAGGUGGCGCAAUGAAUGUGAAUGUAGGCAUGGGUCAGCCCAUAACACAGGCUGCUGUCACUCAGCAACAGCAGAACUCUAACCUCCCACUGAAUGCACUGGGAUCCCUUGGUUCUCAGUUGCCCUGUGGCCCUGCAUCCCAAUCCCCCCUUGGCCCGACCCCCCCACCUAAUGCCUCUGCCAGCUUGCAGCCUCAGCAGCAGCAGCAGCAGCAGCUGCAACACCAUGCUUCAGCACAGGCGCAGGUGCCGCCACGGCCCUCCACCCCUGCCUCUACGGGUGGGCCUUCAUCCACCCCUACCCACAUACCCAAUAGCCUCCCUGGCCCCCCUUCAGCCAGGGGCGCAACCCCUGACCCCUCCCAGCCGCUCACACCCAUGCAGCCCCAACCAGAUCCCCCAAGCCAGAUGCAGCAGCCCACCUCAGUGCAGGCACAGCAUCCCAGCACACCGUUGUCCCAGGCUGCAGCAAGUAUAGAUAACAGAGUGCCAACCCCAGGCUCGGUGGCUGAGCAGAGCUCCCAGCAGUCCAUGCCAGACUUGAGCAGCACUCCAGCCAAACCUGAAGUAAAAGAUGAAGACGAGGACAGCAACUCUGGAAAGAAACAGACAGAUUUAAAAAUGGAGCAGGAUGAUGAUACCAAACCCCCACUGGUGAAGAAGGAAGAGCCAGACGAAGCAGAGCCAAAGCAGGAACCAAUGGAAACUGAGGAGAAGAAGCCGGAGAUGAAGACGGAGAUGAAGACGGAACCCAAAGAAGAGGAGGAAGGUGGAGCAAACGGCUCCUCAUCUACCACUCAAAACCGCAAAAAAAUUUUCAAGCCAGAAGAGCUAAGACAAGCACUGAUGCCGACACUCGAGGCCCUCUACAGGCAAGGCCCAGAGUCACUGCCCUUCAGACAACCUGUAGACCCCAUGCUCCUGGGUAUUCCUGACUACUUUGAAAUUGUGAAAACUCCCAUUGACCUAUCGACCAUCAAGCGUAAGCUCGAUACGGGGCAGUACCAGGAACCGUGGCAGUAUGUGGAAGAUGUGUGGCUCAUGUUCAACAAUGCUUGGUUGUACAACCGCAAAACAUCUCGCGUCUACAAGUACUGCACCAAACUGGCUGAAGUGUUUGAAGCAGAUAUCGAUCCUGUCAUGCAGGGCCUGGGCUACUGCUGCGGCCGGAAGUACGAGUUUUCACCCCAAACGCUGUGUUGCUAUGGCAAACAGUUGUGUACCAUCUCCAGGGACGGCACUUACUACAGCUAUCAGAACAGUUCACCCAAAUAUGGCCUUGUUGCCGACAGGUAUCACUUCUGUGAAAAGUGCUUCAACGAGAUCCAGGGCAACAGUGUGACUCUGGGGGACGACCCUGCCCAGCCACAGACUAUGAUAUCAAAAGAGCAGUUUGAAAAGAAGAAAAAUGAUAUGUUGGACCCUGAGCCGUUUGUUGAAUGUAAAGACUGCGGACGAAAGAUGCAUCAGAUCUGUGUGCUGCACUAUGACGUCAUUUGGCCAACAGGCUUUAUCUGUGAUAACUGUUUGAAGAAGUCUAGCAAAACCAGAAAGGAGAACAAGUUUGCUGCCAAAAGGUUGCAGACUACAAGGUUGGGGUCAUAUAUUGAGGACAGAGUAAACAAGUACUUGAAAAGGCAGAACCACCCAGAGGCCGGUGAGGUGUUUGUGCGAGUGGUGGCCAGCUCUGACAAGAAUGUGGAGAUAAAGCCUGGCAUGAAGUCUAGGUUCGUGGACUCAGGCGAGAUGGUGGAUGGCUUCCCUUACAGAACCAAAGCACUUUUUGCAUUUGAGGAAAUAGACGGUGUGGAUGUUUGUUUCUUCGGCAUGCACGUCCAGGAAUACGGCUCAGAGUGCCCUUUUCCAAAUACAAGACGGGUUUACAUAUCAUACCUCGACAGUAUUCACUUCUUCAAACCACGUUUGCUAAGGACUGCAGUGUACCAUGAGAUCUUAAUAGGCUACCUGGAGUACGUGAAGAAACUUGGGUAUGUGACAGGUCACAUCUGGGCCUGCCCACCCAGUGAAGGAGAUGACUACAUUUUCCACUGCCAUCCUGCUGACCAGAAGAUCCCAAAGCCCAAGAGGCUCCAAGAGUGGUAUAGAAAAAUGCUGGACAAGGCUUUUGCUGAGAGGAUCCUGCAUGACUACAAGGACAUUUUCAAGCAGGCAACAGACGACAGGCUGACAAGCGCCUAUGAGCUGCCGUACUUUGAGGGUGACUUUUGGCCUAAUGUACUGGAGGAGAGCAUCAAAGAGCUGGAGCAUGAGGAGGAGGAGAGAAAGAAGGAGGAGAACACGGCCUCUACAGAGACGACAGAGGGAGCCCAAGCUGACAGUAAGAAUGCCAAAAAGAAGAACAACAAGAAAACUAACAAAAACAAAAGCAGUGUCAGCCGAGCCAAUAAGAAAAAGCCUGGGAUGCCGAAUGUAGCCAAUGAUCUGUCCCAGAAGCUCUACGCCUCGAUGGAAAAGCAUAAGGAGGUGUUUUUUGUUAUCCACCUCCAAGCGGGGCCAGCCGUUAACACCCUGCCACCCAUCAUGGACCCCGACCCUUUGUUGACCUGUGACCUAAUGGAUGGCCGCGAUGCCUUUCUGACUUUGGCCAGGGACAAGCACUGGGAGUUUAGCUCACUGAGAAGGUGCAAAUGGAGCUCGAUGUGUAUGCUUGUAGAGCUGCACAACCAGGGCCAAGACCGCUUUGUGUACACCUGCAACGAAUGCAAGCACCACGUAGAGACCCGUUGGCAUUGCACCGUCUGCGAGGACUACGACCUAUGCAUUAACUGCUACAACAUUAAGGGCCAUGAGCACCACAUGGUGAAGUGGGGCUUGGGUUUGGAUGAUGACAGCAACGGUCAGGGAGGAGAGGCCUCCAAGAGCCCUCAGGAGAGCCGACGUCUCAGCAUCCAGCGCUGCAUCCAGUCCCUGGUCCACGCUUGCCAAUGUCGAAAUGCCAACUGCUCCCUGCCUUCGUGCCAGAAGAUGAAGAGAGUGGUUCAACAUACCAAGGGCUGCAAGCGCAAGACCAAUGGUGGCUGUCCUGUGUGCAAGCAGCUAAUCGCUUUAUGUUGUUAUCACGCCAAGCACUGUCAGGAGAACAAGUGUCCUGUUCCCUUCUGUCUCAACAUCAAGCACAAACUACGCCAACAGCAGCUGCAGCACAGGCUACAGCAAGCUCAAUUGAUGCGCCGCAGAAUGGCUACCAUGGCUGGAAGGGGUAUGCCCAUGCCAUCUCCACCUACCUCAGCUGCCCCGGACACCCCAAACUCUGUGCAGCAGCCUAGCACACCCCAGACUCCCCAGCCCAUGCCCAACCAGCCCCAACAACAGCAGCCAAACAACCCUGUCAACAUUUCCCAAGGCUUCCCCAACAAUGGCCGCAGCAGCCAGCCCCCAACACCUGUGCCACAAGGCAAACCAGGGCCUCAGUCAUCCCCACUCCAUCAGCAGCAGUCACCUCUGCCUAACAUGCCACACCAACAGCAGCCUCAACCACCACCACAACAACAACAACAACAACAGCAGCAGCAGCAGCAGCAGCAGCAGCAGCAACAACAACAACAACAACAACAACAACAACAACAGCAACAACAACAACAACAACAGCAACAACAACAACAACAACAACAGCAGGCAGCCCUGAAGGUGGCCAGACAGAUCCAGUUGGUUGCUAAGGCAAGGCAACAGCAGCAGCAGCAGCAGCAGCAGCAGCAGCAGCAGCAGAAUUAUGCUAUGAAUGGUAUGCAGAUGAACCAUCCAAGAAUGAUGGUGCCCAUGCAGGGCCAGAUGCAGAUGAUGCAGGGGCCAAGGGGCCCACAAGUGAUGCAGGCUAUGCAGCAGGGCCAGUGGGGUCCAGGAAUGCAGAAUCCAAUGCAGAAUCCCCAGGGUCAUCAGCCACAGGUCCCGUCUCAACAAGGCCCAAUGGCCCCUCAGCAGGCUCAGGGAACUCCCAUGCCACAGCAGGGCCAGAUAAUGCAGAGGCCAAUGAUGCCCCAGCAACAGGCUCUCCAGAUGCCUCCCCAGGGGCACUCACAGCAAGGCAUGACACCACAGCAGCAGAACAUGCCACGAGGGAUACCUACUAACAUUGCUCCGAGUGCCCUGCAGGACUUACUGCGCACCCUAAAAUCACCCAGCUCCCCCCAGCAGCAGCAGCAGGUCCUAAACAUCCUCAAGUCAAACCCACAACUCAUGGCAGCCUUUAUUAAACAAAGGACAGCUAAGUACCAGGCCAAUCAGCCGCAGCAGCAGGGGCAGCAGCAGAACCCUCAAGCUAUGCUUGGGUCCCAGGCAGGAAUGCAGGCAAUGGCAGCCAUGGCAAACCAGGUGCAGAGGCCAGUUAUGGCACCGCAGCAGCAGCCUCCUCAACAGGCAGGACCCCAGGGCAUGGCAACCAUGGGCCCCCAAGGCCAGAUGAUGAAUACUGCUCAAAAUGGCAAUCCCCAACUGUACCACAGACAGCAGCUGCUCAGGAUGCAGCAGAUGCAGCAACAGCAACAACAGCAGCAGCAGUCACAGCAGCAGCAGGGAGGCAUGCCUCAGGGUCAUGGUCAGUUCCCUCAGCAGCAGCCAGGGCCAGCAAGCUACUCCCAGCUCCGUAUGCAGCAGCAAAUGGCUAUGCAAGGAGGUGGGGGGCCCAUGGGACAGCUUCCUCCAAACUCCCAAAUGGGACAACCUGGCAUGGGGAUGGAUGGGGCUCAAAACCUUCUCCAGCAACGUAUGCUUCAGCAGCAGCAACAGCAGCAGAUGUUAAAGCAGCAGAUGGGUUCUCCCGUUCAGGCCAACUCAAUGAGCCCACAACCCCAUAUGCUCCAAGGCCAAGCCCAGGGCGGACCUCACUUACCUGGCCAGACUAUGGCAAACACCCUGGGUAACCAAGUACGCUCCCCAGCCCCAGUGCAAUCCCCUCGUCCGCCUUCGCAGCAGCCCCCGCAUUCCAGCCCUUCCCCACGUAUACAGCCUCAGCCCUCACCUCAGCACGGCACCCUUCACUCCAGCUCUCCCCACCCUAGCCUUGGAGGCCCAAUGUCAGGCUCCAUGGAUCAGGGACAUAUGGGAACACCGGAGCAGAGUGCCAUGCUCCCACAACUUAAUACACCGAACAGAGGGGGUUUGAGUAAUGACAUGGGUAUGGUGGGUGACACGACGGGAGACACGCUGGAAAAAUUUGUUGAAGGAUUGUAGCAUUUUGUGACAGAAGAAAGGCCUUGUUCUGUUUUCAGCUGAGACAUUUUUAUACUUGCUGAUGUAAAAAGCUAAAAGAAAUUCAAACAACUGAGUCAUAUGAGGCCUACAGACUGUGAACUUUCCUUAAACCAAGGGACUGCUUUUCUUCCAAGACACAGAGUGAAUUAAUAAUUGCUGUUGUAAAGAAGACAACAAAGACACAAAGAAUAUAUUUUUGGUUCAGACCAGCCAUGCAAGAAUUUGCCUUGGUCUAUGUGUUGUUUUCAUUUGUUUUUCAUUUGUUAUGCUCUGGUAUGGACUUUUUUAACAAAACUUCUCAAAACAAAAAUAUUUCAUUUUAUUAUUCAUUUUUUAUUUUGUACCUUUUCAAAUUAAUAUCAUAUUUGUGUUGAGAAGACUGUAAAAUGAUUUGUCUGGGAUUUUUUUUUUUCUUUUGCCAGGUUUCACCUCUUGCUCAGUUUCUCUGUUCCCUGGCUAAUUUAUUCUAAUAUGCCAUUUUACAAAAGGACUGCCUUUGGGGAAGCCUUAAUUUCUUUCCUGUUUGCAGAGUCUACGGGAGAUUAACACAUUUGUAUAGAUCUAGGCACUAUUGCACACACCCAUACACAAAUGGCAGGUGUAAGAAAAACCUGCAUUAAAGCUCGUUAAUGUUCACAGGUGCCGGAAUGUUCUUUUUACUGGCUUUGGCCCAGUGUUUGUCUUGCAAAUGUUAAAAUAAUUGCUUUGUCUCUCCCUCAGUCUACAGAAAUUGUCAUGAAGUCCUGAACUGUAAAAAGUGGUUCAAAUGGCUCAUUUCGUACUUAUAUACAAUGUUGUUAAAUAAACCUGUGUGCCACAGA